AUGUUGAUUGCAAAGUUCAACCCCACAGAUCGCAUGGGAGGAAAUCAUAAAGAGCUCCAAGGACAAAGUCUCGGAAUUGUCUCCCCCAUGUCUCCUGCUGGGCGUUACUGCUGCUAUGCAGUGAUCAUCGUCCUCACUGCAGCUGGGAUUGCACUUUCUGUGAUUUCCUCAUUGUCAGUGAGAAAGGAAGAAAAGGCCAUUGCGAACCCUGAAGCUGGCUAUGUCACCUGCCCAGGAGACUGGAUUGCAUUUGGAAGUAAAUGUUUUUAUUUUUCUGAACACACAAGUAACUGGAAAUCCAGCCAGACCUCCUGCAUGGAGCUGGGGGCCCAGCUAACUCAAUUUGACAGUCUGGAGGAACUGAAUUUCCUGCAUAGAUACAAGGGGGAUUCUGCCGCCUGGAUCGGCCUGCACAGAGAGUCAUCACAUCAUCCUUGGAAGUGGACAGACAAUACUGAAUAUAACAACUUGGUUCCCAUCCGAGGAAAAGAAAAACAUGCCUACCUGAGUGACAGAGGGAUCAGCAGUGCCAGGAACUACACGCAUAAGAAGUGGAUUUGUAGCAAGCCCUACAGCUAUAUUUGACCAUGCCCAGUAGUGUCACAACUUGUGCAAUGUG